AUGACUGACUUCAAGCUCUCGGCCCAACUCACCGGCCACGACUCUGAUGUCAAAGCCGUCAGCUUUCCUUCUCCCGAUGCCGUCUUGACCGCGUCCCGCGAUGGCAGCGUCCGCAAAUGGCAGCGAACCGGAACCUCCCCGCCAACAUUUGAACCUACAGUCUCCAGCCAGAACUCGGAAUUCGUCAAUGCCGUAGCGUAUCUUCCCCCUUCCAACCUCUUCCCGCAAGGUCUUGUGGUAUCUGGGGGCAAGGACACCUUUGUCGAAGUGCGCCAACCGAACGCCUCGGCAAGUGAUGAUGCCGAGCGUCUCCUCGUCGGCCACUCCCAGAACGUCUGCAGCAUCGAUGUGUCCCCGACUGGCAACUAUAUCGUGUCGGGGAGUUGGGACUUUCAGGCCCUCAUCUGGAGCACAACAUCAUGGGAGCCAGAGGUGCGGCUGAGUGGCCAUGACAAGGCUGUCUGGGCUGUUCUGGCGCUAGAUGACAACACGGUGCUGACCGGCUGUGCCGACGAGAACAUUCGCAUUUACGAUCUUCGUAAGGCGGUCGCUGGAGAGGCUGCACCGGCAUCCACCAUCACCACACCAGACGUUGUACGUGCGCUGUGUCGCGUACCCAAGGGCCACCCGAGCGGCGCCGACAUCGCCAGCGCCACCAAUGAUGGUAUCAUUCGGCUGUGGAAACUCAAUGGCCAGCAAGUUGCCGAGCUGAUCGGCCACGAAAGCUUCAUCUACUCGUUGGCAAGCCUGCCAUCCGGAGAGCUACUGAGCGCCGGUGAGGAUCGCACACUAAGGGUGUGGAAGGGCAUUGAGUGCAUCCAAUCCAUCACGCACCCGGCAAUUUCGGUGUGGGCUGUGGCGGCGGACCCCGAGACAGGUGACAUCGUGUCUGGCGCCAGCGAUGGCGUCGCUCGUAUCUUCACCCGCAGCAGCGACCGACUGGCGGAUGCGGAAACCCUUUCCAGCUUCGAAGAGUCCAUCAAAGCGUCCUCGAUUCCUCAGCAGCAACUACCUGAUAUCAACAAGGAGAAGUUGCCAGGGCCUGAAUUCCUCCAACAGCGAUCUGGCACAAAGGAGGGCCAGGUGCAAAUGAUCAACGAGGGCAACGGCUCAAUCACAGCCCAUCAGUGGUCUGCGAGCCAACAGCAAUGGAUAAGCAUAGGCACAGUGGUCGACUCCGCUGCGAGUAGUGGCAAGAAGACGGAUUACAAGGGUAAGUCAUACGACUUUGUAUUUGACGUUGACAUCGAAGACGGAAAGCCACCCCUAAAGCUUCCUUACAACCUCUCGGAAAACCCUUACGAAGCCGCUACUAAGUUCCUCGGUGAUAACGAGCUGCCCCUCACGUACCUCGACAAUGUCGCCAACUUUAUCACCCAGAAUACACAGGGUGCGACACUUGGUCAGGCAGCCCCCCCGGCUGCCGAUCCGUACGGCACUGAGGCCAGGUAUCAACCUGGCGAGCCCGCCGCGAAGCCUAAUGUGCUGCCCCAGAACGAUUUCCUUAGCAUUACAGCGGCUAAGUACGAUGCCAUGGUCAACAAGAUCUUGCAGACCAAUUCCAAUAUGAUCUCAUCAGGUCGCAAAGACUUUGCCCUCAACCCCACAGAGCAGGCAUCGCUACAGGAGCUCCGCCAGGCAGUAGAAAAUUCGAAAGCCAUCAGCGAACCUGGACUCAACUUGGCGAUCAAAAUCGUUUCUAGAUGGCCGUAUACCGACCGGCUUGCAGGCCUGGAUCUCCUGAGGUGUAUGGCACCAUCACCGGUUGUCGCUGGAUACUCGUCAAUUCUCGGGUCUAUUGUCCAAGUGGUCAUCAGCAGUGCCGCAGAUGUCCCCGAAGGCGGCCCGCCCAACGAGAACAGUGUCAUGAUGGCCCUCAGAACUGUCGCCAACCUGUUCAGCUCCAAGGAAGGCCGUGAGGUCGUAGCCAAAGAGGCCUCGACCGUGGCCUCUUUCCUGGAACGCGUUGUGGGCAUAGCCGACGGAACACCCAUCGGUCAACACAACCGCAACCUGCUCAUUGCCGCGACUACCACCAUCAUCAACUACUCCGUCCUGAGCCGGAAAGACAAGGUUGUCUUUGAGGGUUCAGACCUGCCCAAGCAAUUGCUGUCAGUAUUGGGCAAGAUCCUGACGGAACAAAACGACUCCGAGGUGCUAUACCGCGGUCUUGUCGGACUGGGUACUUUCGCCACGAGUCAUAAAGCUAUUGCUGAGUCGCUCAAGGCACAGGAGUGGGUGAAAGCGGCCAAAGGCAAAGCUACUGAACCCAGGGUGAAGGAUGUCGCUGGAGAGUGCUUGGACCGCCUUUGGUAG